CCCCUUCGAUAGGAUAAUGAGUCUUGUGGACAAGGGAGAAGCGGUGGAUGUGGUAUGCCUAGACUUUAGUAAAGCAUUUGAUGCUGUCUCGUAUGAUAUUCUUAUCAAUAAAUUAGGCAAAUACAAUUUAGAUGGAGCUACUAUAAGGUGGGUGCAUAACUGGCUGGAUAACCGUACUCAGAGAGUAGUUAUUAAUGGCUCCCAAUCCUGCUGGAAAGGUAUAACAAGUGGGAUUCUGCAGGGGUCUGUUUUGGGACCAGCUCUGUUCAAUAUCUUCAUCAACGAUUUAGAUGUUGGCAUAGAAAGUACGCUUAUUAAGUUUGCGGACGACACCAAACUGGGAGGGAUUGCAACUGCUUUGGAGGACAGGGUCAAAAUUCAAAAUGAUCUGGACAAAUUGGAGAAAUGGUCUGAGGUAAACAGGAUGAAGUUCAAUAAAGACAAAUGCAAAGUGCUCCACUUAGGAAGGAACAAUCAGUUUCACACAUACAGAAUGGGAAGAGACUGUCUAGGAAGGAGUAUGGCAGAAAGAGAUCUAGGGGUCAUAGUGGACCACAAGCUAAAUAUGAGUCAACAGUGCGAUACUGUUGCAAAAAAAGCAAACGUGAUUCUGGGAUGCAUUAACAGGUGUGUUGUAAACAACACACGAGAAGUCAUUCUUCCGCUUUACUCUGCACUGGUCAGGCCUCAACUGGAGUAUUGUGUCCAGUUCUGGGCACCGCAUUUCAAGAAAGAUGUGGAGAAAUUGGAGAGGGUCCAGAGAAGAGGAACAAGAAUGAUUAAAGAUCUUGAGAACAUGACCUAUGAAGGAAGGCUGAAGGAAUUGGGUUUGUUUAGUUUGGAAAAGAGAAGACAGAGGGGACAUGAUAGCAGUUUUCAGGUAUCUAAAAGGGUGUCAUCAGGAGGAGGGAGAAAAUUUGUUCACCUUAGCCUCCAAUGAUAGAACAAGAAGCAAUGGGCUUAAACUGCAGCAAGGGAGAUUUAGGUUGGACAUUAGGAAAAAGUCCUUAACUGUCAGGGUGGUUAAACACUGGAAUAGAUUGCCUAGGGAGGUUGUGCAAUCUCCAUCUCUGGAGAUAUUUAAGAGCAGGUGUGAUGCAGUAGGGACUGUCUGUGUGGGGGCAACAGAGCCGGGGAAGACUUUAGGUGAGGGACAGGACCUAGGCCUGUAACCUGAGCCAGGACCUAGGCCUGUAACCUGAGCCAGGUGGUGGGGGGGGGGUCAGCACCUUUGCCCGGGAAGCUGGAGAAAGGAAGGGGCCGGCUGGAGGGAGUUAGUUCAGUUUCGGUUUUGGGCUGGGUGGCUGGAAUUCAGGGAAUCCUAAGCUGGGGACUAAGCUUCCUGAACCCCCAGAAGGACUUUACUGGGGGGUCCUGACUGUGCCUCCAAGCUCUGCUGUAACCUGUGUUCCUGUUGUCCAAUAAACCUUCUGUUUUACUGGCUGGCUGAGAGUCACUGUGGGUCCCAGGAAGAGGGGUGCAGGGCUGGACUCCCCCACACUCUGUGACAGUAGGUUAGAUAAAUGUCUAUCAGGGAUGGUCUAUCAGGGAUUGGACUCGAGGUCCCUUCCAGUCCUACAAUCUAUAAAUUCCUCUAGCCUCAUAAUCCCGCUGUAUCCCAACCUUGCCCCCACCUCCACCCCCACCCCCACAUCCCUGCUGUAGACCAAAACCCCUGUACCCACAAAAUCCUCACAACUGCACUGCACCCCAAAACCCCCACAUCCCUGCUGUACCUCCAAAACCCCACCACCCCAUUGCAACCCCAAGCCACAUCCCCCACAACUUUACCCCUCACCCCCAUGUCCCUCCUGCACCCCAAAAAACCCUGCCCCCCAUGCCCACACUCCUGCCCUGGCACUG